GGAGGAGAGCAAUGCUUUGGGCUGCUCCUGCUCCUGGGCUUUUAGUUGCAUUAUUAUUACUUACUGGAUUGAGCUGUGAAUCAAACCACUAUGAAAAAAAAAGACAGAAAAGAACCGUUUAUGAUGAGCAGCCUCGUUUGUCUUCGGAGCAGGGUAAUUUAGUGUUCCGCACUGGCUCCAGCAAAAAUAUUGAAUUUAGAACUGGACCACUGGGGAAAAUAAAAAUUAAUGAAGAAGACCUUGCAGAACUUUUUAGUCAGGUGAGAGAAAGUAACGCAGAGAUUCAAGAACUUAAAAAGGCCAAUGGUGCCUCUCAGAACGUGUCCCAGCAUGUUGCUCUGCUGACCUCCAAGAUCAUGAGUCUUGACAGCAAGCUUCAAAGCUUAGAGCAGGCCGUCCAGGGAAAAGCCUGCAGUAGUAACCCCUGUGAGAACUCAGGGACCUGUGUGAACUCACUGGAUGGCUUCUUUUGCCUCUGUCCCAGCAGCUGGCAGGGCCUCCUGUGUUCAGUGGAUGUUAAUGAAUGCCAGAUUUAUGCUGGAACAGCGUUAGGCUGCCAGAAUGGAGCCACUUGUGUGAACACACCAGGCAGCUACAGCUGCUCCUGUACUCCAGAAACUUACGGGCCUCACUGUGCCUCAAAGUUUGAUGACUGCCAGGGAGCAUCUGAGACACUCUGUGGACAUGGCAUCUGCAUAGAUGCAGACAGGGAUCAGCCCAACAAGAUUAUAGAACAGUUUGAUUAAAAGAAAACAGCCAAGCUGAUUUCAGGUUGCUUACACUGAUCUGUUUACCCUGGUUACAAAGCAAGUUGAUGACUUUUAAUUAGGCUUAUGUACAGAUCAUCAUUGUUAUUCAUUUUCUCCAGGAGCUUUGGGGUAAAUUACAAGUUUCUUUUAUAAAUAUAA